AUGCGCGCCUCACUCGUGGCCCUCGGCUCCUCCCUCGCCGCCACCUGCGCCCGGCCCCAAGACAGCGACAACCCGCUCCCCCUCGUCAUCUGGCACGGGCUGGGCGACGCCGCCAGCAGCGAGGGCCUCGCCGAAAUCUCCCAGCUGGCCGACGCCGUCGCGCCCGGCAUCUUCGUGCACGUGGUCAACCCCACCGCCGGCGGCGGCGACGACAGAACCGCCACCCUGUUCGGCAACGUGUCCGCCCAGGUCGAGGCCGUGUGCGCCCAGCUCGCCCGCCACCCGGUCCUCUCCACGGCGCCCGCCAUCGACGCCGUCGGCUUCUCCCAGGGCGGCCAGUUCCUCCGCGGCUACGUCGAGCGCUGCAACUCGCCCCGCGUGCGCAACCUCAUCACCUUUGGCAGCCAGCACGGCGGCAUCACCCGCUUCCGCGAGUGCGGCCCCGCCGACUACCUCUGCCGGGCGGCCAUGGCGCUCCUGCGCUUCAACGUCUGGAGCAGCUUCGUGCAGAGCCGCCUCGUCCCCGCCCAGUACUACCGGCCCGCCGACGCGGCCGAGCUCCAGGACUACCUCGACGGCUCGGCCUACCUCGCCGACGUCAACAACGAGCGCCAACUCAAGAACGAGGCCUACGGGAAGAACCUGGCCAGCCUGGACCACUUUGUCAUGUACCUGUUUGAGAAUGACACAGUCUCCAUCCCCAAGGAGUCGUCUUGGUUUGGCGAGGUGAGCGGCGACGGCCGCUACACUCCCUUGAGGGAGCGCGCCAUGUACAAGGAGGAUUGGCUGGGUCUCAGGGCGCUCGAUAAAAAGGGCGGGUUGAAGUUUCGGUCUGUCGCGGGCGAGCACAUGCACAUUCCGAAGCAGGUGUUGAAUGAUACGCUGAGCGAGUUUUUAGGCGUGUACAAGGGGAAGAGGACGGGGGGUCUGGCCGGCUUUGAGAGUGGCGAGUUGUAA